AUGAAUUCCACAGGUGACUUAGAGCAACUGGCAGAAAUAGAGCUGAAAAAAGAUGAAGAAGAGCAAGCAGGUGAAUGCCCUCAAGCAUCCAUUCCUACCAACACUGCCUGUCAAGACACCUCACACCCCUACUACGACGUCGCACGGCACGGCAUCCUCCAAGUUACUGGAGAUGACUACUAUGGCAGAAAACUCAUCAUUUUCAGCAGCUGCCGCAUGCCUCCUUCACAUCAGCUCAACCACCGCAGACUACUGGAAUAUAUAAAGUACACGUUGGAUCAGUACGUGGAAAGUGACUACACGCUGGUUUACCUCCACUAUGGCCUGCGCAGCAGCAACAAACCCUCCUUGAGCUGGCUCAGAGAUGCCUACAGGGAAAUCGACAGAAAGUAUAAGAAGAAUCUGAAAGCUGUGUAUGUCGUUCAUCCUACUAACUUCAUUCGGGUUAUGUGGAACAUAUUUAAACCCAUUAUAAGUCACAAGUUUGGAAAAAAGCUGACUUACGUCAACUACCUGGCAGAGCUGAGAAACCAUCUAAAUUAUGACCAGCUCACCAUCCCCCCUGAAGUGUUAAGACAUGAUGAGAAGCUCCGUGCCACAAAGAAAGGAGGUCCGCCUCCCCCAGUCAAAGUCCCGCCCCCUCGGCCACCUCUCCCAACCCAACAGUUUGGUGUCGGCCUACAGUACAUUCGGGAUAAAAACAAAGGUGUAUUAAUACCACCCGUAAUGUCUCAAACUGUGUCGUACCUUAAAGAAAAAGGGCUGCGCACGGAGGGGAUCUUUCGGAGGUCGGCUCAUGUUCAACUCAUCAAGGACAUACAGAAACUCUAUAACCAGGGGAAGCCAGUGAGCUUUGAGCAGUACGCCGACAUCCAUGUCCCUGCAGUCAUUCUUAAGACCUUCCUCAGAGAGCUGCCUGAACCCCUGCUCACAUUUGCUCUCUAUGACCAAAUCCUGGAGCUUAUUAGGGUGGAAAGCAGCCUGAGAGUGGCCACAUGUAAGAGCAUAGUGGAGAGUUUGCCAGAGCACAACUACAUCGUACUCAAGUACCUUCUCUGCUUCCUGCACAUGGUUUCUAAGGAGAGCCUCAUUAAUAAGAUGAACCCAUCCAACCUGGCGUGUGUGUUUGGAGUAAAUCUGGCUUGGCCAUCCCAGGGCUCUGUGUCUCUGAGUGCUCUCCCCUCUCUCAACAUCUUUACAGAAAUCCUUAUCGAGCAUUACCACAUGGUCUUCAGCACUCGCUCUCCCCCUGCUGAGGUACUGCCCUGA